GGGUUUCUCCUCAAGCCGAGCUUCGCUCAGAGCGGCUCAACAAUUCAAGAUUCUUGCUCCACAAUAUGCCAAGGAAACGACGUACGUAGGACCGCUGCGCGAGGAUACGUAAGAUAUCGUCGCUGUCUCAGAAAUAUUGAUACAAUGUCUUAAAUUACCGUUCCCGUAUCGCAUCCCGGAAAUAAAAAGCCAAAAAUAAAUAAAAAAUAGCCAGCGGACAUGUCCGAUGCGCCGCAAUCAUCGGUCCGACAGCGCCGCCCGUCGGCGGCCGAGGCGGUAGCCCACACGGCGAGGCAUGCAGACGCCAAGAUCGCGGAGUCGCUCCUGGUAGCCUGGGACGAGCUGCCGCACUGGCGGCGCGACAACGCCUACAUCAAGAGCGGCUACCGGGCGACGAGCGCGAGCGUCGCGCGCUCGCUCGCCAGCCUGGGCUACCUGCACAACGAGUCCGUCAACAUCUGGUCGCACCUGCUGGGCGCCGCCGCCUUCGCCCUCGCGGGCGCCCUCCUCCGCUCCGCCGUCGUCCCGCGCUACGGCUCCGCCUCGCCGUCGGACGUGCUGGUCUUCUCGUGCUUCUUCGGCGGCGCCUUCCUCUGCCUCGGUAUGAGCGCCACGUUCCACGCGCUCUGCAACCACUCGCUCGGCGUGGCCACGUGGGCGAACAAGCUGGACUACUCGGGCAUCGUGUUCCUGAUUGUCGGGAGCUACGUGCCUGCCAUGUACUAUGGGUUCUUCUGUUUGCCUAAGCUCAUGGCCGUUUAUCUGUACAUGAUCUCCCUUCUUGGCCUCGGCUGCUUGGCCGUGUCAUGGCUGGAGCAUUUCCGCACUCCUGCCUGGCGGCCAUAUAGGGCCCUCAUGUUUGUGUGCCUGGGGCUCUCUGGCGUUGUGCCUGUCAUCCACGGAGCGAUGAUCUACGGCCUUCGACAGCUGGAUGUGAGAAUGGGCGUGAGAUGGGUCAUACUGCAAGGUGCGCUGUACAUAUUCGGUGCUUUCUUAUAUGCCGUUCGGUGGCCGGAACGUCAGUUUCCUGGGACGUUCGAUAUUUGGGGGAGCUCGCAUCAGCUAUUUCACAUGUGUGUGCUCCUGGCGGCGGCAUCGCACUUUUACGGGAUGCGCAAAGCCUUUGAUUUCCAUCAUGGUGUAAUGGGGGCUCAUUGCUAGGGCCUUAGAUGCAUGACCGAGGUCGAAUAGACUGAUAGAAUAUUUGGAGUGGAUGCGCGUGCCCUGGCCCAAGCCCAGGACGCUCCUCUGACUCGAUCGAUGGGUGCUCAUAGAUUAGAACGCAGCCGAAUCCCCUCAACCAUUUCGUCGCAUCACGAACCCAGCCUUUACAACCAGGGCAUGGGUCGGAUCGGCGGAGGUUGUAUUU